AUGUGUAUGGUCAUAUUUUCCCCGAUUUUUGCCAUUUGUGCGUUUGCAACAUGUGGAGGCUACUUUGGGCACCUCCAGGUUAAAGUGGACUGUGCAGCGAGUCGGCCGAGUAACAAGAGCAUCAUCAUUGAUUUUGGUUAUCCCUUCAGGUUGCAACAAGUGCACUUCAAGGCCCCCUUAUGUGACACAAAGAGACAAGAGAUUCUCUUCCUGAAUGGCGACUAUUCCUCAGCUGCUCAGUUUUUUGUCACAGUGGGCGUGAUCACGUUUCUCUACUCCCUUAUGGCGACCGUGGUCUGCGUCUUCUACCAGAACAAAUACUUGAAGAACAACAGAGGCCCAUUUGUGGACUUUGUGGUGACGGUGAUUUUCUCCCUGGUGUGGCUGGUCAGCACUUGCUUUUGGGCUAAAGCUUUGACUGACAUCAAAACAGCCACAGAGCCCACCGAGGUGCUGCUGCUCAUCUCUGCCUGCUCGGCUCAGGAGAACAAAUGCACAGCUGCCCAGGAGCCUCUCUGGUCCCGUCUCAACGCGUCUGUGGUUUUUGGUUUCGUCAAUGUCGUCCUGUGGGUAGGAAACAUUUGGUUUGUCUUCAAAGAGACGGGCUGGUACAAGAUGGGCCAGCGUUACCCCACCAGGAGCUCCUCUGGCAAACGGGAAAUGCGGCAGCGACUCUACAGCGAGAGCAGCUUUGAGCAGAGUUUUGACGACAGUUUCAGUGCACAGCUAUCCAGGCAAAACAGCUUCAAUCAGUCCAAGGGCCAACAGAUGUACCGACAAGGCAGUUUCAACCAAUCACAAGCGAGUUAUGGCCUCCAGCAGACGUACCUAGGCCAGCCGGCCAACAAAGGGAGCCCCAAGGUCCCCGUGAUAAUCAUUAAUGACAAGUGAUUUGACGUGGUACAGUAUUUAUUACGUCAUUGGAUAGUUGGUGUUGAAGUACUUGAGUUAUCUUUGACAAAUUAUUUGAAUGUUUCUCCUGGGUGGUGUUGUUUUAUAGAUAACAUUUUAUAACUAGAACAUGCAAUUCCAGUUCACACCUGAAAUGCUAGCAGUUAGCAUGCUGGCCAGAUAGCAUCAAGUAACAAAAUAUUUGACUAGUAACAAAAUAUUUUUAAACUCGCCAAAUUAGCUAAAAUGCUAGCAUCCUAAUGUUAUCAUACUAACAGUAUACAUCAAGUAACACAAUAUUUUACUGUGUGGUGUAUACCUGAAAAAAAUAGCUAAAAAUCUAUCAUCCCAAUGUUAGCAUCCUAACCAUGAAUUGAUUAACGUGGACCCCGAUUUAAACAAGUUGAAAAACGUAUUCGGGGGUUACCAUUUAGUGGUCAAUUGUACGGAAUAUAUACUGUACUGUGCACUCUACUAAUAAAAGUUUCAAUCAACAUGUUGACAUUAGAAUGCUAACAGUUAACAUGUGCGAAGUAA